CCGACGGCGAGCGCAUAGUAUCGAAUCGAUAAAUUGAAUAACACUGUUGAUUCGCUGUUGGCCUAGUUGAGUUUCGCAUCAUUUGUAAACCUCGCUUGACACUCGAAGCGCUGGUGAAAAUCGCGGAAUAUCUGUGCAUAAAUAAACGUUGAGCAGAAAACAGCAACAAAAACAACUACAACAACAACAGCUGCUACUGAGCAGGCAAAACGAGUUUUGCAUUGCCAGCUAGUAUAUAGCAUAUAUACUAUAUAACAAAAAUCGUUAAACGAUGGCUUCUGCUUCCAAGUGCGCAAUUGUCGCCGUAGCCUUAUUUGCUUUGCUGCUGACGCACGGCUUCGAUGUUGUGGAUGCUCGCCGUAACCAAGGUAGCAACCAGCGUAAAACGUCAUCCAGCAGCAGCAAUUCGGGCCAUGUAACUCAAUCCUACAGUACUCAUAGUAACAAUGGUGGCAAUUCCCACGCAGAUGCCGCCAAAUUAAGCUAUCCCAAUUACAAUUCCCAACCGAAUCGUCCACCCAACGGCCAACCGCCCGCGGCUGGCUGGAAUGUGCCGCAAGGGGCACCACCUGCAUACUCUGCCUCGAAUCCGGCUGGAGGUGCACACUCUAACAUCCAUGAGCACCCACCAGCUUAUCAGGCGCCCAACUAUGGCAGCAAUGUGCAUCAGCCGAUCACGCCCAACAAUUACGGUCAGCAGCAUGCAGGAGCACCGCCUAGCUAUCCGGCUGCUGGCAAUUAUCCAGCCGGUGGCGGCUACCCAGGUGGCGGUUAUAUGAAUGGAGCAAGUGGUGGCUAUCCCGCUCCUGGCGGCUAUGGCGGUUAUCAUCAGGGUGCUGCUGCACCACCAGGCGCUACGUACAUACAGCCUGGCUCGGCCCUACCACCGGGCGCCAUUUUGUACUCGCAGCCACCGCAGCAAUCUUCCUCCGGCUUGGGCUUCGGCACGGGUCUUCUGGCUGGUGGUUUGGGCGGCGCCUUGCUCGGCCACGCUCUGACUCCAUCUGGUGGCAGCUCGUCGCAACCGGCGGCUGCUGCACCAGCUGCUGCUGCUGGCCAGGACCGCAUCAUAAUCAUCAACAAUGGCGUGCCUGUGAAUGCCAGCGAUGGCACCACUGUCAUCAAUGCAGCGGGCACAGCUGCUGCCCCAAUGAACGCCACCGUAGUGAGUGCUGAUGCACAGCCCGCACAGUUGGCACCCAUGGCACCUAUGGCACCUAUGGCCAAUGGUACUGAUGCAGCGCAACAAUCGGCACCACCACCAUCACCGGGCGGUAUUAUUUGUGUGCCCACCAAAGUCAACGAAACUGAUCCGGCUGACAGCAGCAAAAUGAUUGAAGUCGAGAAAAUUGCCUGCUAUCCGGCUCCGCCGCCGCCAGCCGCCGCGCCCGGUGCUGAGCCCGUGCCGCUGGCACCAAUGGCCACCAGCCAAUCGCCGCCGGCAAUGCUGCCACCCGACCAGGCAGCCGUCCGCUCUAACACCAGCGGCGGAGCACAGCUGCGCGUCUCCGGCUUUACCCUGUUUAUUGGCCUCUUUGGUGCUCUGCUGCUCCGCUGGGUCAAGGCUGCAAAUUAGAAAUGAAUUAGCUGCAAAUCUUUCCAAUAAUUGCUUUUGCACCUAUUCAAUCCGCAGCCACGCCCACACAACCACACACCCACAUAGAGACCCCUAGCUCGCACUAUAGCAGCGUAUUUUUGUAUUCAAUUAUUAUGCAUUGUUAACUAGUAUUUGUUCGUAGAGUAUUCGUAACUUGUUAUCUCUAGGUAACCUUGCCUGACGGCCUUCAAAUGUGAUGCAGACCAAGAAGAUAAUUAUGAUGAUGAUGAUGAUGAUGAUGAUGACGAUGACGAUGAUGAGGCAGCUAGUCCGCUCGAAUCUGUGAAUCUCCUUAAAACUUUUAUUACAUACGAAAAAGAAUCUUUAUCUAACCCCGCACCUGUAAAAGUAUCUCACAUAUUCGAAAGUCAACUGUAUUGUUAGUAUUAUUAGCUAGCUGCUUUUAAUCACACUAAUUAGUGUAAUCCUUUUGUUUGUUUUUGUUCUUUUUAAUGUACCUACGAUGAUUGUCUCUUGUUAUUGGUAAAAAGUUUUCUUUAUUCUGAUUAAUUGAUACAAUAAAAGCUUUAACAACACGCCGCACUCCAAGGU